AGUAACUUCAGCACCUGGACAGCGACCUCAGCGAGUCAGGCGCACGCGCUCCGACAUGGCUUGAAAUACCGCAUUAAAGUGCUCAACUGUAGUCUUUUGCUUCUGAAAAGCCGAACUGUUGCGCUGAAUUUGAUUGACACCGAGUACCAGAGCCGAGAAGCUUCGGUUAUUGCGGGUCUCGCUCAUCUAGAGGCUUCGCUCUGUGGAGAAAAGUAACUGCGUCUCCGCUGAUCUCACUGUAGUCGAAGAUGGAGACACCCGCCGGGACCGGACUGAAGCUCUUGCUGUGGAUUUUAAGCCACAUCAGCAUCUCUCAGGCAGCUUCUCCAUCACCCCAAAAAUGUGAUGAAGCUCUGGUCACACCACUACCCCACAAUGCCUUCACCAGCUCCUCUGUGUUCACUAGUGGCUAUGCACCUGGAUACGCCAAGCUAAACAAAAGAGGAGGUGCUGGGGGCUGGUCUCCGCUGGACAGUGAUCAUUAUCAGUGGCUGCAGGUCGACCUGGGAAGCAGAAAACAGGUCUCAGCCAUCGCCACGCAGGGUCGAUAUAGCAGCUCUGAUUGGACAACACGCUACCGGCUGCUCUACAGUGAUACAGGCAGGAACUGGAAACCAUACCAUCAAGACGGCAACAUCUGGGCGUUUGCAGGUAACUCCAAUACAGAGAGUGUGGUCCGGCAUGACCUGCAAAACCUGAUUGUGGCCCGUUAUUUGCGCAUCAUUCCUUUAGACUGGAGUGAAGAGGGACGGAUCGGCCUCAGGUUCGAGAUCUUUGGGUGCCCGGUGAGCGUCAGCAGUAUAGGAAGUAAUCAGUACGGCUCCAUCCUGGGCCAUACAUCUGUGACUAGUGGCAGUCUGCUGGACGAUCAUCAUUGGCAUUCUAUAGUAAUUGAGCGCUACAGGAGAAAUGUCAAUUUCACCCUUGAUCAGCAUACUCAGCACUUCCGCACCAAUGGGGAGUUUGACCACCUUGACCUGGACUAUGAGCUGACUUUCGGAGGAAUGCCUUAUUCUGGGAAGCCAGUCUCAGAAGGUAGAAGAAACUUCAAAGGCUGCAUGGAAAGCAUCAACUACAAUGGAGAGAACAUCACUGACCUGGCCAGAAGAAAAAAACUGGACUCUUCUAGUUUUCGCAACCUGACGUUCUCCUGCGUGGACACGCACACGUUCCCCGUCUUCUUCAAUAGCACCAGCUUUCUGCAGCUGCCAGGGAGGAGGGACCACAAUAUGGUGUCUGUGAGAUUCCAGUUCCGUACCUGGAACCCCAGUGGCCUGCUCCUGUUCAGCUCCUUGGCAGAUGGAAUGCUAGAAUUGUCUCUAAACGAUGGAAAAGUCACAGCACACAUUAACGUCACUCAGCAGAAAAACUUGCGUGUGGACAUUGCAUCAGGUUCUGGUCUGAAUGAUGGAGAAUGGCAUGAUGUUCGUUUCCUGGCCAAAGAGAAUUUUGCAAUGCUGACCAUUGAUGGGGAUGAAGCAUCAGCUGUGAGAACCAACUCGCCUGUCCAGAUCACAACAGGAAGCACGUACCACUUUGGAGGUUAUUUUUUAAGAACCAGAGCAUCUCCUGUCCAGCGCUCAUUCCAGGGCUGCAUGCAGCUCAUUCAGGUGGACGAUCAGCUGGCUGACCUAACUGCAGUGGAGCAGGGAAGGAUGGGAGCCUUCGAGAACGUCAGUCUGGACAUGUGUGCCAUCAUUGACAGAUGUAUGCCAAACCAAUGUGAACAUGGAGGCCGAUGCAGUCAGACCUGGGAUGGCUUCACAUGCACCUGUUAUGGGACAGGAUACACAGGAGCCACCUGUCACACAUCUGUCUAUGAGCAGUCCUGUGAGGCCUACAAGCAUUUGGGGAGAUCAUCUGAUUCCUACUGGAUUGACCCAGAUGGAAGCGGACCAUUAGGUCCUUUUAAAGUCAUCUGCAACAUGACAGAGGACAAGGUCUGGACAACUGUGGUGAAUAACCUAGCGGCACAGACAGCAGUGACCGGCUCCAGCCGGGAGAGACGGACAGUACUGCAGCUGAACUACAGUGCUUCUAUGGAGCAGGUCACAGCUAUAACCAACAGCGCUGAACACUGCGAGCAGCACGUAGCCUACGCCUGCCGAAUGUCACGCCUACUCAACACACCAGAUGGGACGCCUUACACAUGGUGGGUUGGCCGCGGUAACGAGAAGCACUUUUACUGGGGCGGCUCUGUGCCGGGCAUUCAGAAAUGUGCAUGUGGCAUUGAGCGCAACUGCACCGACUCCAAAUACUACUGCAACUGUGACUCCGACCAGAAGCAGUGGAGGGACGAUUCCGGGCUUCUGGUUUAUAAAGACCACUUACCGGUCAGCCAAGUGGCUGUUGGGGACACAAAUCGACCCGGCUCUGAGGCCAAGCUGACCGUGGGACCUCUCCGUUGCUAUGGAGACCGAAGCUAUUGGAACGCGGCAUCAUUUAACACGCCAUCCUCGUACCUGCACUUCUCCACUUUUCAAGGAGAAACAAGUGCUGAUAUCUCCUUUUACUUCAAGACCUCCGCUCCCUAUGGCGUGUUCCUGGAAAACCUUGGAAACACGGAUUUCAUCCGUCUGGAGUUGAAAUCCCCCACGGUGGUGUCGUUUUCGUUCGAUGUAGGAAACGGGCCGGUGGAACUGAACGUGUACUCUCCUACCCUGCUGAACGAUGACCAGUGGCACCGGGUCAGUGCAGAGAGGAACACGAAAGAGGCCAUUCUGCAACUAGACCAGAAAUACAGGGAGGUCAGACCUGCACCUACACAGGGACACACACGCCUGGAGCUCUACAGCCAGCUUUAUGUGGGUGCAGCGGGAGGUCAGAGAGGAUUUCUUGGAUGUAUCCGCUCUCUGAAGAUGAACGGGAUGACCCUUGAUUUAGAAGAGAGGGCAAAGGUCACUCCGGGUGUAAAACCUGGUUGUUCGGGUCACUGCACCAGUUUUGGGAUGUAUUGCCGUAAUGGCGGCAAGUGUGUGGAGAAAUACAACGGCUAUUCCUGUGACUGCUCCACCACUGCUUAUGAUGGGCCUUUCUGUUCAAAAGAUGUUGGUGGUUUCUUUGAGGCGGGAACACUGGUCAAGUAUAAUCUGGUACCUGAAGUGGUCGCUGCAGCUUCCAGCCUGGAUGAGAAGAGCGUAAUCUACAACCUUCCUGUUGAGACCAACCUGACACGUGAAGAUCUGACCUUCAGUUUCAGCACCUCCACUUCUCCCACCCUUCUGGUUUAUGUCAGCUCAAAAACCCAGGAUUACAUGGCCGUGGUCCUCCGUCAAAAUGGUUCCCUGCAGCUGCGGUACAACUUGGGUGGUCUCAGAGAACCCUUCAGUAUCGAUAUUGACCAGAGGAACUUGGCCAAUGGGCAGCCCCACACCGUCAACAUCUCGCGGGUGGAGAGACACAUAGAAGUGCAGCUGGACCAUUAUCCUCCCGUCAGCUACACCCUGCCUGAAGCUUCAGACACGCAGUUCACCCUGGUCAAGACACUCUUCCUGGGUAAAGUCUUUGAAACCGGUUACAUCGAUCCGGUGCUCAUAGAAAAAUACAACACACCUGGGUUUGUGGGUUGCUUGUCCCGAGUGCAGUUCAACAGCAUUGCUCCUCUGAAAGCCGCUCUCAGGUCCCGCGGUUCUGCGCCCGUCUCACACCAGGGUAAACUGGUGGAAUCCAACUGCGGUGCAUCACCCCUCACGAUCCCACCCAUGUCUGCUGCAACCGACCCGUGGCACCUAGACGCAGGUGCUGAUUUCCCCUUCAACGAGGAAAGAGUGAUACCGGAUGGAGUAAAUAGGAAUUCAGCUAUAAUAGGAGGUAUCAUUGCAGUGGUGAUCUUCUCUAUUCUAUGCACGCUGGUGUUUCUGAUUCGGUACAUGUUCCGCCAUAAAGGCACCUACCACACCAACGAGGCCAAAGGGGGAGAGUCGUCAGAGUCAGCCGACACGGCCAUUAUGGGCACCGAGCCCAAUUUCACAGAGACCAUAGAUGAAAGCAAGAAAGAAUGGUUCAUAUAAUUGGGCAUACGGACUCUUUCACAAUCUUUUUUUGAGUAUCAGAACUAAUGUUUUGGGAUCAAGCUCAUCACCAGUUUGAGAAACUGACUGUAAAUAGUGACUGGCUUGUCUCUUUCUAUUGUGUUUUGGGAAAAGUCUUUUAAGUAUGUAAUCUCUGGAUCACAUGUUAAUAAAUCAUUUCACUAUGUGUGUGUGUGUGUGUUUUUUUUACAGAAACAAAAUUAUUUGACAAAAUCCUCUUUUAUGGAAAAUUGUAAUGUAAGUUUAAUCAUUUUCUUCAUGUGUUCUUUUUCUUAAUCUUACAAAAAGUCCUUGUGUGGAAAAUGUUUAGACAGACUGUAAUUGUUAAACGCUCUAUAUGAAUAUUUUUUAUUUCAUUUAUUACACCAAUGACAGAGAUAUCAUUUAAAGGUGAUAUCAGAUCAGCAAGGGAAGAAAAAAAACAAGGCAUGCACCAAGAAUUAUGUCAAAUCGACUCUGUCUGUUUGUAGCCUUCUGCACAGCUAUGCUCAUUUAUUUCUUGUGGAAGCCUUCAGAUUACUGUCCCUUGCCAAACACCUCUCAGUCUUAAGUAUUUGUUUUGCUGAAGGCAUGUACGUAUCAUGGCAUAAAGAUGUUAUUUUGAGAGAUCAUUUUGUCUGUGAUUCAUUUAUCCAGGCUGUGGUAAAGCAUUGGCAUAGUGGCAUCUAUUUGGCAGAUGAAAAUGCAAAUAUGUAUCAUUAGUGUUUGUCAUUUCAGAUGAAGAAGGUGGGACUACUGACACCCUAUUUAAUGACGUAAUUCAAGGUGCCUUUAGGAUUCAGCCAGCCGUCUGUGGAGAAUAUACUUUGGUUAAAUAGGUAAUAGAAGAAUCCCAACCAAUCAAAUUGCUGUUUGAAUUUAUAUGAUAUAUCUGUCUGAGAAGAAAGUAGACAAUAUAUAUGAGUUUAGAAGUGUUCCGAACAGCAAUGUUAAAUAAAUGUUUAGAAUGGAACAUUUUAUUUUAUAUGUAUGCUGCAGCAUUUUCAGAAUUUAUGGCACUGUGCAUUUUGUGAAAUUACUUUCGACGUUAAAAACUUUUUUUUAAGUAUUAGUGACUUUUUGAAUAAAAUGUUGAAUAAAACGUAAUUUACAUACAAAUUAUCCAUUCUCUCAGAGGCUGGUUCACAGAAGGAUUUUAGAAAGCUGAUAUUGCUCAACCUCAGAUUUUUAUGUGAUGCAUUUAUUUGUUAUAAAUAUCUAGGUUUAGUUUUAUGACACGUGUAUCAUGUAUUGGAAUAAUUCUGAGUCUCUGAUCUGAAAGAUCAUUAUAAUUAUCUCAUAGAGAUGUCAAGUUAUUUUAAUCAUUGUCAAAUCAGUUCUCUUGUUAAUGUGGUUUUGCAAAAAAGAA